AUGCCGGACGUUCCUUUACCACCCGCACUUGAUUUGCUUGCAGAGGAGAGUCAGUCUUCCUUGUCAAGCUUAUCCUCUCACUCUAAACGUAAGAGAAACGUCCAAGAGUUGCAAUCAAAUAACCUCUCUCCUAGUGAUUGUCAAGAGAGUAACACUAGCAACUGCACUAGGACACGAGCCAUAUACGCCAAUAUAGACAGUUCGUCUUCAUUUGUCAAUGAUCUUGAAUAUAACAUUGGUACUAGAUUGUACAAUGACACAUCAAGCACAAUACUCAACUAUAACAAUGAGCUGAACAGUGAUGCAUUCAGCAACAUUCCGAGUUCACCUGUUUUCGGUGAACACUUGGACAAUACUAUUGGGCGAGAUCCAUUGAGAUCGGAUGCGUUCGAUGACCUUGUCCAGUUGAAUAAUCCUGACUCGGAACUUGGUCUGCGACCUACAAUUCCCUCAUCUCCGACGCUGGUGCCCACACAGUUAUCAGCUGCUUCGCAGUCGUUGCAACAACCAUCACAGCCUCAAUCUUUUGAUAAGGCUUCUGCGUUUCAGAGGCCUCAAUUGCACAAGGCCGUGCAUUGUCUGUCUAGACACGGCUCGACGUUCAACGAACAACCACAUAAAAAGAAACAGCGGCUCUACUAUAAAGAUGACUUCCCAAGGGAACAUCCAAUGAACAGAACAUCAUCUUCAAUUCCUGCUUCCCUGCUACAUUCGUCGAAAAUUGAGUUUGCCAUUGAUCGAGAGGGCCAUGUUUAUGGAUACAAUCUUGAGAAAGAUGAGCUUCCGACAGGUUACUCGCCAACGCUGUACGAUGAACCUGUAUAUUUUGUCGUGAAAAACACCAGGGAAGCAGAAAUCAAGGUUCAGAGGAUAAUCGAUGACUUGAUGGAAAACGAGAACAUUGAUCCAAAAACAGGUGAGUGCUUGCUGGACUUGAAAGAUCUAAAACUAAACUCCUUUCCUGAUAGCAUAUCGGAUUUACAAGACUUUGUUAGCAUUAUCAACGGCAACAUCGUUAAGCCUUUUAUAGUUAUAGAUGCUGCCAUCAAUAACUUGAGAUCAAUUAAUCCCAACAUCUUUAAAUUGGAGAGACUGAGGAGUAUAACUCUGCGGAAUAACAAAAUUGCUAGAUUGACAGGUAACAUUGAAAAAGCCCAGUCGUUACAUACACUGAAUUUGGGUAUGAAUAAACUGAAAUUUUUGCCUCAUAAUAUACUCAAAUUGAAUAAUCUUCGUGUAUUGGCAAUAACAGGGAAUCCGAUGAUCCAGCCAUCGUCUGUUGAUAAGAUCUUCAAUGUCAACGAGAAGUUGCUGAGACUGUACUGUCAAGAGUAUCGAAGCACUGAAUUUUUGGAUAGCGAUAAACAGCUGAAAUAUUUCAGCCGAAUCCACUGGUUGAAGUCAAAUCUGCACAUAAGUAAAGGUGCGGCACAUGCAAGCAUAAUGUCACGAAGCCUGACAACACUACAAGAGAUGUGCGAUGUAGAAGAUCUAGUGGAAUACAAGAAUAUCGAUAUGAAGUUCAGAAUGAGAUUGGAACAACAGAAACUGAUCGAGAAGACAACACCGUGGGUACCUAAACUUUCGGAAAUGGCUCUCCGGCAAGUCUCAAAGUACCUCAUAUCGGAAUACGAGGUAGAGAAGUGGAAGGAAUCCACUAACGAAAUCAUCUAUAAACGUGCAAUGAAUGCAUUGGUACAUGGCACAAACGGUGAAACAUGUGGCAACUGCAAUGAAAAUUGCAUUGAGUCAGUUGCCGAUAUGCUUGAGUGGUGGGACUUCAAAGGCAGUAGGUCGGUGACUAUAAAAAGGAGAUUUUGCUGCAAACACUGUGCAAUAAGUUGGAAAAAGAAGUUGGAUAAGUUCAAAUUGGUGGAAUAG